UUUAAUGGUCAGGGGGUAGUAGAUGAUGGCUUCCUGAGUGAAUCUUGCUUGUGUUUAUUUCGUAGCAGUACCGACAGAUUGGUGGCUUCCGUUAAUGACAGGAAUAUAGAUUUUGGAUUAUUUUAAGCCCACUCUUCUCCUCUUCGCUAUCCUUGAUUUAUUUUUACGGGCCUAUUUUUGCCUAACCAGUCUCUUCUGCAGAGCGGUAAUGCGUUGUUGCUUUGAAUGAGGCGGAAGUCCCGAGUCCCGUGAAGGAGGAUGAACUCCAUCACCGGCCGGGAGAUCGGUGUUCCUGCAGCCGCUGUCAGUGUCACCAAUCCCGGAGCUUCAGCCACACGGGCCCUGCACGUCGAACUCACCUCCCAGCAGAGACGUCUGCGUCAUCUUCGUAGCAUUGCAGCACGGAACAUUGUCAACAAGAAUGGAUCUCCAUUAUUGGAUACAUACUUCACCCUACAUUUGUGCGACAAGGACAGGAUAUCUAGAGCUUUUUACAAGAGUGAAGUUAUAAGAGACUCGCUAAACCCAACAUGGAGAAGUCUUGACUUUGGCGUCUUACCGGACCUCUUAGAUACAUCAGUGUCCUGUUUUGUUGUGAGAAUCUGGGGUGGGCAAAGGGAACAGUUUCAGUUGCUCAUAGAAUGGAAGGUGAAUUUGGAUGGUCUGAGAUACACAGGCCAGCAGAUCCGAUCUAGAAAUCCCAAUGAUGUUAUUUUCGGAUUAAAUGAUGGCUAUUAUGGAGCACCAUUUGAUCAAAAGGAUCAUACAGAAAAGAAGAGGAACAGUUUACUUCAAGUGGACCAGAGCUCUGUGAGGAACUCCUACAGUGUGUUUUCUUUAUUACGGUUGCAUACAGCUCAACGUGCAAUAAAGCAGACUCAGGUGACAGUUCAGAAAAUUGGAAAAGAAAUAGAAGAAAAAUUGAGACUAACUGCUGAAAGCAGUGGUCUAAAAAAAGAAAGAGAAUGCUUACAACUGAAGAUUCUGGUGCUUAGAAAUGAAUUGGAAAGGCAGAAGAAGGCACUUGGAAGAGAACUAGAGAUCCUUCAGAAAGAACAGACCAUAUUGAAGAGAAAAGAGGAGUUGUUUUCUGACAAAUAUAGAAGUUUACAAUCAGAUCAAGAUUUUUUGAAAGACCAAAAAAAAGACUGCACUGCCAGAAGAGAACUAUUGCUGAGGACCAAUGCCCAACUGACCUUUCGGUGUAGACAGCUAUUAUCGGAACUGUCCUAUAUUUAUCCUAUUAGUACGGCAAAUCAGGCAGAUUUUGUAAUUUGUGGAGUAAAGCUGCCUAAUUCUGAAGACUUCCAAGCUGUGAACGAUUUUCCUAAAGAUGUUGGCUGUUUUGGUCUCAAACUCCCUAAGACCAAACGAUAUACAAAAGAUGAUGGAAGCAUAGCGGUUGCCCUGGGUUACACAGCUCACUUGGUGCUGAUGAUUUCCUACUUCCUUCAAAUUCCACUCAGGUAUCCAAUAAUCCACAAAGGGUCAAGGUCAUCAAUCAAGGAUAAUAUAACAGAUAAACUGACUGAGAAAGAGAGAGAAUUUCCUUUGCAUCCACGAGGAGAACGCUUUCAGUUUGAAUAUGGUGUUUAUUUAUUGAACAAAAAUAUAGCCCAGCUGAGAUAUCAACAUGGUUUAUCAACACCAGAUUUGCGUCAAACCCUGCCAAAUUUGAAAACAUUUUUGGAAAAUGGGUUAAUGGUGCGGUGUGAUCAUCAUCAUCAGAUAUCCUGUGCAAUCCCAGUCCCUGUGAAAACCCAUUUAAACUCCUCUUCCGGAUUUGAAGCAAGUCAUCCCACUGGAACUAUCUGCCCAGACAAAGGACUACGCAAGCGGGCCAGCUCUGAAACUGAUAAACAACAAUAUAAAACGCCUCCUCCUAGCUACAAUACAGCUACCACUCAGCCUAUAGCCAUUACUACACCUUCAAACAGUCCAGCACCUAAACUGGUGUCCUCUUCGCUAGAUGCAGCCAUUGACUUAACUAAAACCACAGAGGCAGAGAAGUAUUUGUGCGAUGGAGAUUCAACUUCUGAGUCAUCAAAAGACGCUACUCACAAGGAAGGAUCCAGCCCCCACUUUAUUAGUGCAAUGAAUGGCUCGGCCUUACCUGUUGAGCGACUGAGCACUGAUGGCCAUUCUCUCACGUUAAGCAGUGAGCUUUGUUGCUCUGUCGAGCAAGCUGAAGAGAUUAUGGGGACAGAGGCUACAGGUUUCAGUGAAGUGGAGCAUUUGGAAGGGUUUCAGUGCAUUCCUGUUGACCAUGCUGUGGCCGUGGAAUGUGAUGAGCAGGUCCUUGGGGAGCUGGAUGCAGCUGGCUUUGAAGAAUUCUCCCGUCGUAUCUAUGCACUAAGUGAAAACACGUCAAGCUUUCGCAGACCACGCAAAAACUCAGACAAGUGAAACUUGGUUAUAUAAUGAUUUGGUAUGAACAUUUACCAGACUUACAAAAUAUAUAUAUAUAUAUAUAUAUAUAUAUAUAUAUAUAUAUAUAUAUAUAUGGAAUGAAGAUCAAUUUGCACUUCAUGAAACAUUUGUAUAAUCUAUAAGCCAAAUUAUGUUUAAUAACCAUCCCCACUUGCAGUGAAAACAAACUAAGAAGAGAAUGAAUUUUAUUAUCCCUUAAUUAUGUUUGAUAUUUAGCAUGUCGGACACAACUGGUAUUAGUCUACCUGUAGACAUGUUGUGACCCAGAUCAAAAAGACCUUAUCUCAUUUCAAAUUCUGCAAAAUUCAGUCCUUUACCCAAAGUACCCAGUCAGUUGUAACAUUCAUUGUUAGAAGCGGAAGGUCACCUUUGAUUUUAUCUUGCUAAUUUAAAGUUAUUAUACAUUUGAUGAGUACCACACGAUUCAGAAAUGCAGUCUCUAGUGAUUCUAUUUGUGCUAGACAUUUGAAACAAUUAUUGGUCACACAGCAGAUUAUAAGUUCAGACUGGAUGUUCUCACUGCUUUAAAAAUAUUCAAAGAGCGUUUCUUGCAUACAUUUAAUAUUUUGAACAUGAUGAUAGUUUAGCAGGAAAACAGACGACUUAAUCCACUAGAAUCAAUUAAAUUCUAUAAUACUGUAGAAGUGAAUGUACAGUACAGUGGAUAGUUUUAAAAUGGUCGAGAAAGGCAUAUUUACAUACAUUGGCAGUGAAUGGGCACCUUUAACUAAGACAUGAUGUAAACCACUCACAGUUGCCAAUCUUUGUUUAUUUUAUAUCAUCCAGACAUGGGAGUUAGAAAACCUAACAUUGCAUAUUAAACUUCAUUUCAUUGAAUGUGUAUUUUUGUGGCUUUUAGGCCAUAUAACCCAUUUUUUCAUUCUUUUAUGAAAAAGCAAGAGAAGCAUAUUUACAAGAAUACUUUCUCAGCUUUCUGUAUGCAUUGCCUGAAUUGUUUCCUAUUUUUCAACUUUUAUUGUAGCUGAACAGAGUCUGCCCUGGUUUAUGAGAGCUAAAUUAUUCCAACAGCAACAAUUCAUGCUGCUAUUUUUUAACGCUUCAAUAAUCAGUGUUACACUUGCACUUAUUUCUGAACGUGUAUUGAUAACAUAUCUGCAUUUUUUAUUUUUGUAAGGUAAGUGAAAUAUAUACAGAAUGUCUAACUGCCAGUCUGUCUAAAAAUUAAAAAUGUCUAAACUUUGACCUCAUGCAUUUUUCCUUUAAUCCUUAGCCACUUAUCAUGAUCAGUUUUUAGUCCUUUAAAAAGUUGGCUUCCAUGGUGAGAUAGAGGAGAUAAAUGUUCAAUUUCUCUCUCUCAAGAGUUCAGUGACCUU